GCGGCCGUUCGUCCGUUACUCUUUGUCAGUCCGGCGGACGGUUGGUCGGGGCUGUACGGCGGACGCCGUCCCUCACGAGACCUGCGCGCGGCCGUGGGGGUCGAGUAAAACGUCGGCGCCGUCAUGAUCCUGCAUCAGAUCCUGCGACUUUCUUCCCUUUUUCGCUCCGCUGUCUCCGUUCACCUGCGGAGAAACAUCGGUUUUUCUGCCAUUGCCUUUAAUAAGGCAAAAGAGCUCGAUCCGGUUCAGAAGCUCUUCCUGGACAAGAUCAGGGAGUACAACACAAAAAGCAAGCAAGCUGGAGGGCCUGUUGAUGUAGGCCCCGAGUUUCAGAAAGACAUGAAUGAAUCACUUGCCAGGCUUCAGAGGAUGUAUGGAGAGGGAGAUCUAACCAAGUUUCCAGAAUUCAAAUUUGAGGAGCCCAACUUUGAGGAGACACCAAAGUGAUUUCUUCACAUCGUCCUCCAAACAACAUCCAUGGAGUUGCUGAAUAUGGCAUCAGUUGUAACUUAAUAAAUACAGUGUUUCAGUUUGA